GAGAUAUUCAAUUGUCUAGGCAUUUAUUGUCAGACUUCACAAAAAAUUGGUGAACUAAAUUUAGUAACGAACAUAAUAUUACAAAAUUCGAAUUUAAAAUGAAUAUUUUAAUAAAAUGGGUUUUGACUUAGAGCGCAUUUGUUGUAAUCCACCAUCUAGUUCAUCUAGUACAGAUAAUAUUUUUUGCAACGAAAACUACAACAAAUGCAGUCCAUGCUGUUGUUAUGGCUGCUGUAGGAAAUCCUUUUUGAAUGACCAUACCUAUUCAAUACUUAAGCGGGUUUGCCAUAAGAUAAUCAAAAGUUACAAUCGGCAGCAAUGCCGUGAGAAGUAUACAAUAUUCAACGGAGGUAACAGCAUAAAUAGCCGAUGGUCAGAGAGGCAAAAAGGUGAAGAACUCGACUGCUCAAACAAUAUAUACAAAAGAAAAGAUCAAGGGGAGAGAGAGGUCGGAGAAAAAAUUAAAAAGGCAAAAGAUCGUGGCGAAAAUGAAAAAGAUGAUUAUACAAAGGUGGGAAAAGGACGUGGAGAUACACGCGACAAAAAAGAUGCCGAUGAAAGCGAUUCCUUAAAAAAAUUAAAAAAGCGAGGGAAUGGUCGAAAAGAGGCCAAAGCUGUCGAUAAUACGCUCGGUAUGAAAGAGGCUAAUCUAGGCGCGUCUUUGAAAAAAUCAAAGCACGGUAAGAAAGAUGCGGAUCCGGGCACAGGUGAAAGAGAUGAUAAAAGAGGACGCGAAAAGAAAAUUGGUAGUGAUUUAAAAAAUGUAAGGCCAUCAAAUAGCAAUCCCGAAAAAGAAAAUGGUAAAAACGGCAAAGAAAAAAAAGGAAAGCAAACACCAGUAAAAGAAACUGACUUAAACGCAAAACCUGAAAUAGAGAAAAAAGGCAAAAAUAUAAAUCUUUCUAAAAAUGAGAAUACAAAUAUAGAUGCGAAGGCUCCCGGUGGCGGAAGUUCAAUUGAAAAAAAACAUAGAAAAUCUCAUAGAGACACCUCCGAUGUACAUGAAAAAGACAGACGGGAGCCUGACAAUGACCAAAAAUAUAAAUUGAGUCGAAAGGGUGAUAGAAGCAUAGGCGAAAAUGAAUAUAUCCGUAGCUCAAGAAGAUCGGGUCAAAAUAAAAGAAAUCGAACAUUAGGUCGUUCAAUAUCUAGAGAAAAUAGUAGAUCAAGGUUACGGAAAGGUAUCAAAGGAUCGAAAUUCAUACAGGACAACAGGAGAUCGAGCAAAAAUGAUUUUUACUCUCGGAGACCCAGUCGCGGUGAUGAAGUUCGGGCCUGUGAUAUCCUUCGUGUUCACUUGGAGAAACGCGACCUUUCAAGAUGCAUUCCAAAUAAAUGCCAAGUUUGUCGAGUGUGUAUUCAUAGUUGUAUGCCGUGCCCACGAGCUGUCUGUUGAACACAAGAUGACAAAUGGUUAUAACUAUUCUUUGCGUCUAGCUGCUGCAAUAACAUUUGGCAGUAUUCUACGGACUCACCUGGAAAAAACUUUUUAUAAUGCUCUCUAACAGAACAACUCGAACGGGCAUCAAGUUAAGAACACGAAAGUCGAGAUACUUGAAUCGAUAAUAACGAAUAAGUGAUUCUUACUGAUACAUUUUAAUCAUAUUUGAAAACUAAAUAUUUAAAAUGGUUUACGAAAGUGGAUUUACAACUCGUAGAACUUACAGCUCCAGACCGGUGACUACGUCGUAUGCCGUAACGAAAACAAACAGACCACCAAUUGACUGGGAGAAAGUUCCUUUCGUGCCAAGGCCUUCACUCAUCUCUGAUCCGGUGACUGCUUUUGGAGUGCGUCGAUCGGACUAUGAGCAGCGCAAGCGAUCUAUACUCGAUCCAAUAAAUCGGGCUGCAAUAAAACCAACAUAUAAGAUUGCCUAUCAGCCUAUUGAACCAUACGUGUCAACGCGUGACAAAAAUCGCUCGCGUAUUCUAAGCAUGGUGCGUCAGCACAUCGAUACUGUGGAAGCUGGUGGCAAUACAGCAGCACGCACCUCACGCGACUCUCUCGAUAGUCAACUUCCGCGCUUACAUCGCGAAGCUUCAGAAAGUCUGCCGGUGCGUCGAGAAACCUAUCGCAAUGAAAGGUCGGGAGCAAUGGUCACAAAGUACUCUUACUAACUAAUAAAAGAAAAAUAAUUUGCAACGAAACCAAAUAUUUAAAACCGAAAGAAAAAUUAACGAAUUGACUGUAAAGUCUUUGAUAUUACAAUUAGAAUACACGAUGUACAUGGCCAUAUACAGACAUUCAAUUGUAUACAACAAAUUUACAUACAUAAAAGAGCUGACAUUCUGUUCGUUUUUUAUCUAAUAUUGCCUUUAAUAUUUCAUAUGUGCUACAUGAGAUUGUAUAUUU